AUGUCCUACCCUCAAGACCGCCGGCGUCGUGCGCCAGCUGGAAUGGGCUUCAGUUCAACAGGCCGGCGCACCUUUAUGGGAUACUGGAUCCCAUUAGCUGUCACAGUUGGCAUCGCGACAAUUAGUGUCGCCGCUUGGAUUUGGAGCGAAAGACAAGAAAACGAGGACGACGAUGAAGCACGCGAUUACCCCGACGAUUUCAACCAACCCCCUCCUCCGCCUGGCUACGAAGGUGGCCCACCGCGCGCAGACUUUGCGAGAUCAACCGGUGCAGAUGCGCGACAGGAGGAUGGUAGUGUCAUUGCGCGUAUGCAGGGCGCAUUACGUCGAACACCUAGUCCACAACAGCUCUUUGAUGGCGCUAGCAGAAGGGUCGCGGCUGGAGUGGCUGCUGCAGGCGCUAUGGUGGGAGGCGCAUUGAGCUCUAUUACUGAAGAACGGGGUGAUUUUGAGGAUCAUUCGCGUUGGUCUGAAGAGGCGGAUUUGCGUGCUAGAGGUGGGGCGGAUGUUACUCCUCGAAGCGGUCCUUCUACUUCGACAAAGGGGAGGAAGACUGUGGCACUUGUUGUCUCUUCCGUUGCUCCCUCUGAUGAUCCAGAAGAUAUCACUUUGUCUGAACACGCGUCGAUUCUUUCUCAUCUCCCCUCUCACGUCGAUACGAAUGUCGCUCGCGUGAUAGUCCUCAUCUAUGCACCUAACCUGAAACAUACUAUUGGCCUGCAGACGUCGACCCGACCUACACCUUCUGUUGAUUCUUCAUUUUCCAAUAUCGCGCCCGAGGAAGCAGCCAACGCUCCUGGUACUUCUGGCAAUGACUUGACAAGUCUCGAACCGCGGAACACGACCGACGAACUCGAAUCCGCUGGCCGCCUUUUCAAGACUCUAUACACACAGGCGCAAGCGCUCGUGGACAAGAACACCAUGAUCAUGCCAUACAGCACGCCCAAUGGACACCUACACAUCCUGCGCCAUCUCUCGCCAGACAUUGUAUAUAUGCAGGAAUCAUUGGCUGGCCCAGAGGGUGAGAGUGUCAAGAAACUUGCCGACUGGGUUAGACACGUGGUGGUUGUUGUCGGCGAUGAAGGCGGUCGCGGUGGCUUGAUCGACAGUGAAGACGAGCACUCGGCACUUGGAGGAGAGCGCCGCGAAAAGUGGUGGCAGAAAGAAGGUGUUACCGGGAUUGGAAAGCACAUUGAUAUCGUUGACAGUCUCAAGGCUGGCGACGAUUGGAGACGACGAGUCUCGGGUCAUGACUAA